CUAACUCUUCCGUUCGCCUUUCAUUCAGCCUUGUUGACGUCGAUACUCACGACAUUAGAUCUCUCUGGACAUCUUGCGUGUUGCUUGGACGGUCCAUUGGUAUUCGCGUCAUCGAUCAUGUCGAUUGGAAAAGGCGGGCAAUAGUGCGACACUGCGAGUUUGACGGAUUGGCGACGAGUCGUGGCGAAGAAGGGGAAUCGCUGCCACUGCGAUGGCCUUGCGUGGGCCGAACAUCCUUGCGCGGCGGGCGUGGGACAGUUUGGGAAAUGGCGCGUUGUUCACAACCAGAAUACGGAGCUGCAUAGGUGAACCACAGCGGCCGGGAUGGACAUGUACGACGCAAGUUGGACUGCGGGCUGGCGCCUUACCAUCCUCACAACUACGAAAUCUCUUCACCAGCCGGAAUGGACCACUCUCACGCCCGGCGACGUGUUCCAAAGGUACCGCGAUCAAGCAGUCGUUGUCUGUGGCCAUAGCACAACAGCGACUGCUGCAGACCUCGAAGCCCUCCCACGAAGCGCGUGCGGUCACCGAACCAUCCGGGAAAGAGAAGUCCCGCGGGCAGGCGGCGAAGCAGUCCAGCGAUCCGGCCGAUGAGGACGCCGAGGAUGAGACACAAAACUUCAAAAAGUCGGACAAAGCCGCGAAAGCUUCGCAGAUCAAUCUCAGCGCAAAACUCUCCGGUGGAGGCAAAGAUGGUAAGGGCAAGCCCGGUGGAGGUCGGCAAGAGGUCUGGCGGUUGUUGAAGAUUGCUCGUCCCGAGUUGCGAAUCUUGAGUUGGGCAUUCCUCUUCUUGCUCAUCAGCAGCAGCAUCACGAUGACCAUUCCGUUCAGUAUCGGAAAGAUCUUGGAUGCUGCCACAGCGGAGCAAGGGACUCUGUUCGGCCUCGAGAUGGAACACUUUUACAUCGGACUCGGUCUGCUUCUGGCGACCGGAGCGUGUGCCAACUAUGGACGCAUCAUUCUUUUGAGGAUUGUGGGAGAGAGAAUUGUCACAAAACUGCGGAGUUCGUUGUUCAAGAGGACGUUCGUGCAAAAUGCUGAAUUCUUCGACGCAAAUCGCGUGGGAGAUCUCAUCAGCAGACUGGGAAGCGAUACGAUCAUCGUUGGAAAGAGCAUCACACAGAAUCUUUCGGAUGGAAUGCGAUCAUUGGUAUCCGCAACCGCUGGACUAUCGUUGAUGGGAUAUGUCAGCCUCAAGCUCACGGGAAUUCUGGCCAUCAUGUUUCCUCCCGUAGCACUCGGUGCCUUUCUUUACGGUCGUGCAAUUCGCAAUCUCUCUCGCCGGAUACAAAAGAAUCUUGGUACCCUCACGAAGAUUGCGGAGGAGAGGCUGGGCAAUGUGCGCACUAGUCAGGCCUUCGCCGGAGAGCAGCAAGAGGUGCACCGAUACAACACGCAAGUCAGGAAGAUCUUCUUCCUUGGCCGAAAGGAGGCCUUCAUCUCCGCGACAUUCUUCUCUACUUCUGGGUUCAUGGGCAACCUGACUUUCCUCGUGUUGCUCUAUGUCGGAGGAGGCAUGGUCAAAUCAGGAGCAAUCAGCGUUGGUGACCUUACAACUUUCCUCAUGUACACGGGAUAUGCUGGGAGCAGUCUCUUCGGUCUGUCAUCUUUCUACUCCGAGCUGAUGAAGGGAGUGGGUGCGGCCAGUCGGCUGUUCGAGCUACAAGACCGUCAGCCCACAAUUUCUCCCACGAAAGGUGACAUGGUCAAGUCGGCUCGAGGAACGAUCGAGUUCAAGGAUGUCGCCUUCUCGUAUCCAACACGGCCAGCGCUGAAGAUCUUCACGGACCUCACAUUCAAGAUUCCUCAAGGAAGCAACGUGGCUAUCGUCGCGCCAUCGGGAGCCGGAAAGUCCACUGUUGCAAGCUUACUCAUGCGCUUCUACGAUCCCAUUCAAGGCAGCAUAACCAUUGAUGGGAAGGAUAUCAGCACGAUGAAUGCAAAGCAAUUGAGGCGGAAGAUUGGCUACGUUGGGCAGGAACCUGUGCUGUUCUCGGGCACCAUUGCUGAGAAUAUUGCAUAUGGUCGACCACAAGCCAGCCGCAGUGAGAUUGUCGCCGCUGCCCGUCAAGCUAAUUGUCAAUUCAUCUCCGACUUUCCCGAUGGCCUCGAAACUUUUGCUGGCGCGCGCGGCACUCAGUUGUCUGGAGGCCAGAAGCAACGAAUUGCCAUUGCGAGAGCGUUACUCAAAGAGCCUGACAUCCUCGUUCUCGACGAAGCCACCUCGGCUCUGGACGCUGAGAGUGAGACACUUGUCAAUCAUGCAUUGCAAAGCUUGCUCCGAGGCGACAACACCACCAUUUCCAUUGCACACCGUCUCAGCACAAUCCAACGCAGUGACACCAUCAUCUGCAUUGGUACCGACGGAAAGGUGGCACAGAUGGGCAGUUACGUAGAGCUGAGCAAGGACAAGACUGGUGCUUUUGCAAAGUUGAUGGAGUGGCAAUUGAGUGGUGGCGAACCGAAGCCGAAGCCGAAGCGCGAAGAGAAAACUCUUGGUGAAGAUGGGGAGGAGUUGACGGAGGAAGCGAGAAUGAAGCUGAGGCUUGAGGAGCACGAUCAUGAUGAGGGAGACGAGCACGAGGUGGAGGAGGCGGAGGAAGUGAAGAAGGUCAAGGCGAAGGGCAGGUAA